UUAACAUUAUUAUUGUGCUUUCAGGUAGAUCUGCCUUUUGAAGGCGCAGGAUGAUGACGUCACACAUGAGCUAGAAGUUGCUGCUGAGGCAGUGAAGUCCUCCACCGGUUGUUCGUACAGAUGCCAACAAACCAUCCAUUCACUUAAAAAAAAAAACCAGGUUGUAUCAUCACGAUGUCUUGGGUUAGGUCUAUCUCCUACAGCGGAGAAGAUGUUUUUGACGAGAAUGCGGACGACCUUAAUCUGCAAAGUAGAGAGUGGAUAUCCAACAUGAAGAAACGAGUCAAAGACGGUUAUGUGGACGGAGUUGAUGCUGGGGAAGAGGCUUCACUUCAACUCGGAUUUAACAUCGGAUUCAGGGAAGGAGCAGCUCAAACUGUCCCUGUGGGUCGUCUUAAAGGGAUUGUAAGUGCUAUAUGGUGUUGGUGGCAGAUCCACCAUCCGGAAACCCCCGUCCCAUCCUCUGUGACUGACCUCCUGCAUCAAGUUGUACAGCAUGAAGAUACAAUCAUGGAAGGCAUCAGGAAGUCUUUGGAGAACCCUCCUCCGAGUGUGAGCGACGUCUCUGAGAGCAUGGAGAGUCUGGAGGUGGACCAGGCAGAUCCAAGCUGCCGUGGAGAGGGAUGUAACAACGCGGGCUGCUGUAAGAGAGGGGAACAAAUGGACCUGGAUGUUCCGCAUCAGCCACAGAGGCUCAGUUCAGGGUCUGCUGACUGCUCUUUGAACUCAGGGGAAAGUCUGAAUGUCCUCCUACAGCGCUGCAUGGACCUAGUGUCAGAGUUUGGACUGCCCCCGGAGCUGAUCAGUCACAUUCAGGAUCUAAAGAAAAUCUAAGGACUUGAAAUCACACUAGGACAAGACUCAGAUGGUCACAUUUCUUACACUCUGCAAUGAUGUACUUCAAUGUAUAUUUUGUAAAAUACGACUUUGCAGUAUUUUCAUAAUUUAUUCAGCACAGUGGAGGAAUGUUUGAAGAUAAAACUGGAUUUUCUACAUCAUACAUUUUGUUCUGAUAUAUUUCCAUAGUUGCCAAAUUAAAUGAAAACAUCAGUAUUACCUUUUGGUUUGCAAAAUUUUAUUAUUCAGCAGUUACUUCUGUUUUAAAACCACAAAGCUAAUAUGUAGUAUCACUUUAGGAUCAGGUGUUAGUGAGUAUAUGUUCAUUUGUUUCAGCUAGUUUUCUUUGCAAUGGAAGACAAAACAAACGCAACAUUACUCCUAGAGGCAUCAAGUCAUUUAUCUCCAUAAUAAACUAAAUUUCACCUUUGUUUCUUUUUAUAUUAAAUUAAAUGCAUUUAAAUAAUAGGUUAAUGUAAGAAAAAACAAUUGAUAUUUUUACAUUACAGCUGCUUUGUUGUUGCAUGGAGCACUGUUAACAUCAGUUUAUCAGUUAUUUAGUUUAUCAAACAGGGAAGUUUUGCAGUUAAUUUGUCAGUCAAUUAUACUUUACCAAAUAAUCAUGGACAGCAGGAAGCUAAAGAAAAGUGUAAAGAAAGUCAUUUUUGGUGAGUUUAGAAUAACUGAAUUUAUUCUGAAUUAAAUACAGUGUUGAGCUUUUGAGAGUUAGUGCCUAGUGUUUUCACCGAAGAGCGAGAGACCCUUAAGCUCAGUAUUAGUCCAGCUGUAGUUUUCCAGAAUUGGGUGUAAAUUAGAUGUUCAUCAGGUCUUAACCGUUGAGGGUCAAGCAUGUCUUAAGUUUUUAUGGGGAAAAUCAGGUCAAGUUGAGUUUCUGCUAAAAGUCAAGCAAGACAAUUCAAGCCGUUGUUCAGAUUCAGAAAGUGACAAGUCAUACAAACGUGAUCUAUAUGGAAAGUUGAAUCACUGAUUACAAGCCUCCCAAAUGAAUGAAAGUGGAGAGCAUUAGGCACGUGGAUCUGAAUGUCUGAAGAG